UCCUUGACUUGACGGCUGUUGUCAGCCUGCAAACUGACAACCUAUCUCAACAAUUGCCUUUAGUGGGCAUCAGGAGAUAUAUAACGUACCUCCAAUGUAAACUAUUUGAGUGCAUCAUUGCUCCAUUAGUGGAAAGAAAGCUUUAUCCAACAAAAGUCUAUUCUAAUUAUGCUCAAUGUAAUAGCCUGCUUUAUUUAUUUAUUGCAUUUCUGUUUUGCUACAUUCUGACAAGUCUUGGCAGCUUACUUAAUAUAAGUAAGUAAUGUGCAGAUAUUUAAAAAAAUAUGUCCCACUUGUAUUCAGGAGCUGGUCUUCUCUUAGCCGUGAGGCUUCUUUGGAGAAUUUACUGGCCAGAGCAGCAAAGUGAUUCUGCUGGUCUCUCUCUCUCUCUCUCUCCUUCUUCCAGCCCUCCAAGGGCCCCAGCUCAAAGUCCUAACAUGUCGUCCCGGGUUCUACUCCGGCAGCAGCUCAUGCGGGCACAGACGCAAGAACAGGAACGCCGGGAGCAGCAGCAGGCAGCCCAGUUCACUCCUGCACCCGCUGCAUCAGCUACACCGGCUAUUUCUGUGAGCCCACUAACUCGCCCUGCACCUGCCCAGGUGCCUGUGGAGGUAUUGAAGGUUCAAACCCACCUGGAGAACCCCACAAAGUACCACAUCCAACAGGCACAGAGACAGCAAGUCAAGCAGUAUCUUUCUACAGCUAUGGGGAGUAAGAUGUCAACGCAGGCGUUAACCGGAAGUAGCCCUGGUGCACCCACCUGCUCCCCACAGGGUGUUUCAGGUCCUGAGCCUGCACCCGGUUUGGCUCACCAGCAGGGAGUGGCAGGAAGCACUGGGAGUGCCCCCAAUAGCCCUAUGGCGAUGCUCAACAUUGGUUCCAAUUCUGAGAAAGAAAUUGACGAUGUCAUUGAUGAGAUUAUCAGCCUGGAAUCCAGCUACAAUGAGGAAAUCCUGAACUAUGGUGGCUUGCAGAUGCCCAGCACUGCAAAAAGAUUUCGCCUCCAUCCUCCCGAUCUCCAGGAAGAUCGCGAGGGGCUGCUGAAGGCGAUACGAUUAGGCUGCCAAUUAAAGCGCUUCCACGCCAGAAGUUCCUCCUAA